AUGACCACUUCGAAAAAAGACAUAAAAAAGACACAGAGUGCAGGUAUGUACGAAAAGGCGAAACGUCUGCACCAGCAGGUUUCACACCUUACAGAAAAGCAUCAGAGGCGGCAAGCUCAAUGGUUGGAAGUUCAGGACCAUAUUCUCCAACACAAAGCUUUCACCGAAGAGCACGUCGUUGACAUGGGCGACAAAAUUUGUUACUGUAAAUUCAAAGAACCUAAACUAGCUUCAGUCUCUCUAGAAGCGAAAGAUGGAGGUAUCACCGGCAGUAUAAUAACUGAAAAUGGUCAAGCUGCAAAAUUAGAAGAACAAGCUAAAGUAAAUACAACCAACGGAAGUAAGAAGCCAGAAAAAGAGAAAUCAGAAUUUUCUCCAUUUUCAUCCACUUCUGGAGACCACAGUUCUGUAAGGACCAGUGCUGGAAAACCACACACACAGUCAGUUACAGCCUCUGUUCAACCUUCUUAUUUCAACUCAGAGGAGACAGAUGACAUUAAACUAACAUCAGUAAGUCUCACACAAAGUUCUAUGGCUAAACACAGCCAGGAAAUUCCCACGCAGGGAACAUCGUGGCUCAUUCAAAAACUAUCAAGGCGUCCACCUAAGGGAGAAGCACAGGUAGCUCCAGGUCCAUCAGGAAACAGUCACGAAUAUCCAAUUCAUGUAGCAGGUACAGGAAGUGUUCCACAUCAGAACAAACAAACUCCAGCAACUGGACAUGAUGGAACUUCCUCUGCCUUACAAGCAUCUCCCUUAACUACAGGAAGGGCACCAAGUCAGAAUGCACAGAGUUCGACGAAUGCACAUGCUGAAACUUCCUCUGCAGUACCCUCAUCUGCAUCGACUUAUGGUAAGGUACCAAGCCAGACUGCACAAAGUUCGGUAAGUGCACAUGUUCCAACAUUCUCUGCAAUACCACCAUCACCCUGGACUACAGGAGUUGUAACAAGUCAGAAUGCACACAGUUUGGCAAAUGCACAUGCUGAAACGUCCUCUGCAAUACCACAAUUUUCCUGGAUUACAGGAGGUGUAUUUGAUCAGAAAGAACGUAGUUCCGCAAAUGCACAAACCGAAGCUACUUAUGCUCCGCUACAGUCCCCAUGGACUACCGGAAGUGUACCAAGUCAGAAUGCACACACAUCAGCAAAUGCACAAGCUGAAACAUCUGUGACAAUGCCACCAUCUCCCUGGCCUACAGGAAGUGUACAAAGUCAGAACGCACAGACAAUGGCAAAUGCACAACCUGAAACAUCCUCUGCAAUACCACAAUCCCCACGUACUACAGGAGGUCUACAAAGUGAGAAGGCAUACAGUUCAGCAAAUGCACAUGCUGAAACUUUCUUUGCAGUACUACCACCAUCCAUGACAACAGGAGGAGUAACAGGUCAGAAUGCAAACAGUGUGGCCAAUGCACAUGCAGAAACCUCACUUGCAAUACCAGCAUCUUCCACAACAACAGAAAGUGGACUAAGUCAGAAUACACACAAUUCAGCAAAUGCACAUUUUGAAACUUUCUCUGUGUUACAACCAUCUUCCUGGACAACAGGUAGUGUACCAACUCAGAAUGCAUACACUCUGGCAAAUGCACAAGCUGGUACUUCUUCUGCACUAACAUCAUCUCCCUUAACUGCGAGCAGUGUAGCAAGUCAGAACACACACACUUCAACAUAUGCACAUGCUGAAAUUUCCUCGCCAUUGUCACCAUCUGCCUGGACUUCAGGAAGUGUACGUAAUCAGAAAGCACAGAGUUCAGCAAAGGCACAUGCUGAAACUUCCUUUACAUUACUACCACCUUCGAAUACAGGAAGUGUAGCAGGUCAUAAAACACACAGUGCAGCAAAUGCACAGGCUGAUACUUACUCUGCAACACCACAAUCUUCCUUGACUACAAGUAGUGUAACGAGUAAGAAAGCACACACUUCAACGUAUACACAUGCUGAAUCGUUGUCUGCAAUACCACCAUCACCCAUGACAACAGGAGGUGUAGUGAGUCAGACUGCACACAGUUCGGCAAAUACACAAACUAUAACUUUCCCUGCAAUUACUAUAUCGCCUUGGACUACUGGAAGUAUACCAAAUCCCAUCGCGCAAAGUGUGGCAGAUUCACAUGCUGAAAUUUUCUCUGCAGUGCCACCAUAUCCCUUGACCUCACGUAGUGCACCAAGUCAGAAACCACACACUUCAGCAAAAUCACAUCCUGGAACUUCGUCUGCAAUACCAUCACCCAUGACAGCAAGAGGGGUAACAAGUCAGAACCCAUACAAUUCGGCAAAUGCACAUGCUGAGAUUUCCUCUGCAGUACCAACAUCUCUCUGGACUGCUGUAAGGGUACCAGGUCAGAUUGCACACAGUCUAGCAAGUGCACAUGCAGAAACAAUAUCUGCAAUACCAACAUCUUCCUCGGCUACAGGAAGUGUACCAAGUCAGAAUACACACAGCACAGCAAAUGUACAUGCAGAAACGUUUCCUGCCUUACAACCAUCCCCUGUCAAAGUAGGAAGUGUGCCAAAUACCAAUGCACAGAGUUCGGCAAAUUCAUAUGCUAAAACUUUCUCGGCAGUACCACCAUCCCUGUGGUCUAAUGGAAAAGUAUCAAGUCAGAUGGCACAUAGUUCAGCAAAUGCAUUAGCUGCAGCUUCCUCCACAUUACCACUAUCACCCAAGAUGACAGGAGGUGUACCCAGUCAGAAAGCACACAGUUUGGCAAAUGCAAAUGCUGAAUCACCCUCAGAAACUCCAAUAUCUCCCUGGACAGCAGGAGGUGUACUAAGGCAGAAUGCACACAUUUCAGCAAACGCAUAUUCUGAAACUUCUGGUGCAGCAGCUCCAUCUCUCUGGACUACAGGAAGUUUACCAAGUCAGAAUGUGCACAGUAUGGCAAAUGCACAAGCUGAAACAUCCUCCAAAAUAGCACAAUCUCCUUGGACUACAAUAGAUGUACUAAGUCAGAAUACUCACAGUUCAGCAAGUGCACAUGCUGUAAUGCCCUCUGCAUUACGACCAUUAACGAUGAUUGAAGUAGGUGUACCAAGUAAGAACGCACACAGUUCUGCAAAUGCACAUGGAGAAACAUCCUCUACCUUACAACCAUCCCCUAUGACUAUCGGUAGCAUAACCAUUCCAAAUGUACAGAGUUCAGAGAACUCACAAGCACAAACUGCCUCUGCAAUACCACCAUCCAUCUGGACUACAGGACUUGUACCAAGUCAGACGGCACACAAUUUGGCAAAUGCACAAGGAACUAACUCUACAAUUCCACUAUCCCCCUUAACUACAGGAAGUACACCGAAACAAAUCACACAAAAUUUGGCAAAUGCAUAUACUGAAACUUCCUCUGCAAUACCACCAUCUCCAUUGACUACAAGUAGCGUACCAAGCCAGGAAGCACAGACUUCAGCAGAAGCACAUGGUGGAACUUUAUCUGCAAUACCACCAUCACCUAUGACGACAGGAGGUGUACCAAAUCAGAAUGCACACUAUUCGGCAAAUGCGCAUGCCGUAGCUUCGUCAUCAUCUCAAAUGACUACGAAAAGUGUAUCAAGCCAGAAUAACCACAUUUUAACAAAUGCAAAGGCUGCAACUUCCUCUGCCUUACCAGCAUCUCCCUUGACUUUGGAAACUGUACCAUAUCAGAAUGGACAGAGUUCGGUAAAUGCAAAUGCUGAGACUUCGUCUCCAGUAACAUCAUCUACCUGGAAAGCUGGAAGCCUAUCAGGUGUGAUUGCACACAGUUCAGCAGAUGCACAUGGCACAUAUUCCUCUGCAGUACCUCCAUCUCCAUGGACUAUAGGAAAUGUACCACACAAGAUGGCUCACAGUUCUGCAAAUGCACAUGCUGCAACUCCCUCAGCAAAACCACAAUAUUCGUCGACUACAGGAAAUAAACCAAGUGAGAAUACACACAGCUCAGCAAAUACAAAUGCUGAAACUUCCGCUGCCUUACAGCAAACUACCAUGAAUAUAAAAAAUCUAACAAAUCACAAUGCAAAGAGUUCUACUAAUGCACAUUCUGAAACUUCCUCUGCAGUACCAACAUCGCCCUGGACUACAGGAGAUGUACCAAGUCAUAACGCACACAUAACAGAAAAUGCACAAGCUGGAAACACUUCUACAGUAGCACCACCUUCCUUGACUACAGGGAGUGAACCAACUACAAACACACACAGUUCAGCUGAAAGUGCUUCUGCAAUAGGACUACCUUCGUUAACUGCAGGGAAUUUACCAACUCAUAAUAUACACAGUUCAGCUACAGCACAUGCUGAAAUUUCCCCUGCUUUAAAACCAUCUCCUUUGACUCUUGGAAACGUACCAAGUCAGAAUACAGAGAGUUUGGCAAAUGCACAGGCUGAAACUUCCUCUGCAAUAUCACCAUCAUCAAUAACUGCUGGAGAAAUACCAAGUAAGAAUGUAUACAGUUCAGCCAGUGUAUACGCUGAAACUUCCUCUGCAGUACCACCAUCACACUGGACUACAGGAAGUGUACUAAGUCAGAAGGCACACAGUUUAGCAAAUACAAAUUCCGAAACGACUGCUGCAACAGCAGCAUCUACCUGGACUACAGGUAGUGUACCAAUUCAGAAUGCACAAAGUAUGGCAAAUGCACAUGCCGGAACAGCAUCAGCAAUACCACCAUCAAUCACGGCUUCAGCUAUUGUGCUAAGUAAUAAUGCACACAGCUUGGCAAAUGCAAAUGCUGAAAGUUCGUCUGCAGUAACACCAUCUUCCACGACUGCAGGAACUGUACCAAAUUCGAUUAUAUACACUUCAGCAAAUGCACAGGCUGAAAAUUCCGCAUGUAUACAAUUAUCUCCAUUGACUAUAGGAAGUGUGACAAGGAAGAAUGCAGAGAGUGAGGCAAAUGCACAUGCUGAAAGUUCCUAUGAUGUACCAGCAUCCCCCUGGACUACAGGAAUCGUAAUAAGUCAACACGCUCAAAGUUCAGCAAAUGCACAGGCAGAAACAUAUCCUGUAAAACCACUAUCACUCUUAACUGUGGGAGAAGUACGAAGUCAAAAUUCUUACAGAUCCCCAAAUGCACAUAUUGAAGUAUCUGCGGCAAAACCACCAUCACCUAUGACUAGAGGAAAUGUACCAAGUCAAAAAGAACCCAGUUCAGCAAAAGCACAUGAUGAAACAUCAUCUGCAAAUCCAGCAUUAUCCCAGAAUACAGGUAGUUCAAUUAAAACGAAAACACACAUUACGGAACAUGCACAGGCUGAAAUUUACUCUACAAUACCACAACCAUCCAUGACUAUCGGAGAAGUACCAAGUCAAAGUGCCUACAGUUCAGCAAACGCACAUGCUGAAGCAUACUUAGCAAUAGCCCCAUCACCAAUGACAACAGGAGGUAUACCAAGUCCGAAAGCACACAGUUCAGCAGAAGCACAUGCUGAAUCCAGUACCAACAUUACCCUGGACUACAGGAAGUGUACUAAAUGA